GCCAAUUGAUCACCAACUAGGUCGUUCUAGCAGCCCAUUGCCUCAGCCUCAGUCAGGUACAUACAUGGUAAUUUAUUUCGUAUGUGUAUGUAGGUACUCACUAGAUCCUACGCUUUCAAUGUGUCCUGGUAUAUAAGCCAACGUCAAUGCUUUCAGAAUUAUGACUUCCCGUUUCUCAACACCACAUCACUUGUGCUUGCUCAUCCCGCAGACGUAUUCCCAGCACCAAAUACGUCCAGAGCAGGUCGGUGACUGUAUCAGUACUCAUCACAUUGACUUACCCAUCAGUAGUCCCUUUCUAUUUGAGCAACUAUCACUACCUGGGUAGACAGCCUGCGCUAUAAUCUGGACCGAGAAUGUCGCAUCUCCCAGACCCUGAGCAGCAUAAAACUGCUGGUGUUGGCUUUCAUACCUCGCCUAGUGCUCUGCUUCGACGCCGUCGGCUUCUUCUCGACAUCCAAGAACUCGUUGAAAAGCCUUACCCGAACAUCAACGUACAUGUCCGCGAUGACGACCUCAAAACAAUUUGCUUGGUCCUCACCCCUACCAACUAUAAACCUCUUCAUAUCACCAUGAGCCUUCCGGAUCUGUACCCGGUACAUCCGCCUGAGAUGGCCAUGAACUCAACAGUUUACCAUCCAAACGUUAUCGGGAAUUUUAUUUGUGUCACCAUCCUAAGGCCCCAUAUGCACACUCCGGCGUACACCCUGAGGGGCUUAGCAAUCCAGAUAUUGAGCGUUUUCUCAAGCGAAAGUAUCGAGCAAGAUUAUGGAGCCACAAAAAAGUUGGAUAAUUACAAGGACAUAGACAAGAGGUUAACUGAUAGAUUCGAGUGUUCACACUGUGAUUUCGGAAAGACGAAAAGUAUUGGUAAAACUACACAGCCGUGUUACGAUGCGCGCACAGAGAGCAACCCGAGUCAAUGGCCUACGCCUGGAGAGAGAACCGAACCACUAUUACACGAUCCGACGCAAGACGUUCAGGUCGCUCUACCCAUCCAAAAGAACGAGACAACAGCUUGCGAAAUCGACAGACUACCAAAGGAGCUGCUUCUACUCAUCAUCGACCACCUAGAGUUUGAUCAUUUGACAAAAUUUGCCGCUGCCUGGCCGAAGGUGAGCGACCUGAUGAUAGAAUUCGACGUCGUGCGACAGCGUGAGCUGCAGUGCUUCUGCCUCAAGAAAGAUUACAGGGCUGUCAAGCUUGGUGUGGGCGUCGAGAUUCAAAACGGGUAUGUCGCAUCGGAGUUCGACUUUAUCUCCCAAGAAGCCUUCCAUCAUUGGAAAAUUCGCGAAUCCAUAAACAGGCUGGGAUUUCAGCAUUGGCUUCCUUUGCCCAUUUCACACCCUCACUGGCGUGGUGUUCGGGGUGACGCUGUAACGUCGCUACGCAAGAUGAACAGUGCGCUAAAUAAAGGAGGACCGUUCGGCUUUGUCCAGGUGCUAAUCGGUUUCAUGAAUGAUGUUGUCGUUCGCCUCAACCAAGUAAAAGUCGAGAAUAGGCGUUCUCCCAAAUCCAAUCUUCGUCACGCGUCGGAAAAGGCUAUUGAGUCAUAUUUCCACCUAUUCCACCUUCUCAUAUGUCUUGCAGUCGAGGAUCCAUCCUUGGUUAAGCGUGCGAAUUCCAUGCUGCUAAACUUUAAGAAUGGAAAGCGAUCCAAGGCCGACUGUCCCAGCCUAGGCCACCUCCUCGUCACAUUAUUAAUAUCCGACGUCAAGGUCACCGAGGAAAUCAUACAGGCUAUCAUAGCAGAGGCGAUCACCAGAAAUGUUGUCUGGCUCCUCGACAAGAAAGGGGCAAACUUGCCGGAGCUUUCGCACAUGGAGACACAGCCGGUAUCUGCCUAUCGUCUCGACAAGACCUUUGAGGGCUCGCGAACUUCGUAUCGGCUUCUGAUGUUCUCCGAACUGUUCCGGCGCACCGCACGACCUUCGCAUCAAAAGCCACUAAGCCAAGUCUGCGACGAGCUCUUUGAGCGGCAUGGCGCGCCUCCGCGUGGUGCGGCGCAGGAGCUGGCAGAGGCGGUUCGCCGCGUGCACACCAUCAACAAUUUCCCGGCUUUUCUGAAAGAAAUGGGCAUAGCCAAGGCUCCUAAUCCGGCAAGCUUCACUACUUUCCUACGAAAGACGAUUCACGACAGCAUGGAGAAGGGGUACUCGGUAUGGGGUAUGAAGCCGGCAUGGGUGCUCGUGCUACGCCGUCGCAAGGACCCAAGCAUACACAGCGAACCGAUGACCGAGUAUGAGAGACAUUUCGUGGAGCAGAAUGAAAAUGGCUAUCCGGAACAGCACUGCGCGUCCUUCUUCCCCAAGCGGGACAAGGCGGGUGCACCAAACAGGGGUCGCGGGGGCCGCCGUCCGUGAGAGCGUCAGUAUUACUAGACAGCUUCUAAGUAAGGAGCUGGAUGGGUUAGUACUGAGUGGAAGCAAAAACUGAGAUGGAUGGAGG